AUGAGAACGUUCCUGUUCGCUGUGUCCCUUCUGGCCACACUUGUCAGUGCAAAAUGGAUCGAAAUUGAUUGGAGGAAGGUACGUUCGAUCGAAGAUUUCGAUCACUACUGGGAUCGUUUACCGACGGAAAUGAAGAUCUAUCGUCAGCGGCGUCCCUUCCAACGUAUUACUAACGGGCAGGAAGCGACCCCAGGCCAGUUCCCGUACCAGAUCGUACUUCUGAGUGACUUCCCGACCGGAACGGCUCUAUGCGGUGGUUCCGUGCUGACGCGUAACUUUAUCCUCACUGCUGCCCACUGCGUCGUGUCGGGAACGAACACGGUGGUGUCGGGCGGUAUCGCCAUCAUGGGAGCACACAACCGUACGAUCGAGGAAGCUUCCCAGCAACGGAUCCGCUACACGGCCAGCGGCAUUCGGUACCAUCCACUGUACGUUUCGUCCACGCUGCGGUAUGACAUUGCCGUGGUGCUGCUGGAUUCUUCCAUCACCUUCACCGACCGCAUCCAACCGGUACGUUUGCCGGCCCGGUCGGAUACUCGCCAGUUUGGUGGGUUCGUUGGUACGCUGUCGGGAUUUGGGCGUACGACCGACGCUAGCCAAUCCAUCUCGACGGUCGUUCGGUUCACAAGCAACCCGGUCAUGACCAAUGCGAACUGUAUUACGCGCUGGGGCUCCUCUAAUAUCCAGAACCAAAACGUGUGUCUGAGCGGAACGGGAGGACGCUCGUCCUGCAAUGGAGAUUCCGGCGGGCCGCUCACGGUGGAAUCGGGUGGACCGAUGCAGAUCGGCGUGGUAUCGUUUGUGUCGAUUCGUGGCUGUGAGGUCGGUAUGCCGUCCGUAUACUCGCGUGUGUCGUUCUAUCUGAACUGGGUUGAGAUUAACUCCGAUUUUGUGGCCCAACCGUAA